AUGGAGAGUGAGGAAAAAAAUACCGCUGAGGAGCGGCGCAAGCAGGCCCGUGAAAACAGCCGAGUAUCUGAAAUCGUCAAUACUAGCGUCCAGCCAGAGGCCGAAGCAGAUAACCAGGACGACAAUGAGCUGUUCGUCGCCCAAGUGCCUGCUCCAAAGCGUGCCCGACGUGUUCCCAUUCUAACGAACAAGGAAAUACGCCAGAGUAUAUACGUUGGCCUACACGAGACUGGUUUGAGCACUGCAGCCCCGAAAUCCAAUAGCUUGACUGGCUUUGUGACAUCCAAGCAACCAUCAUCUCGACCAAAGGGAAAGCCCAAAUCAAAGGCGAAUGAAGUUGAUCUUGACACCAUUUUCAGUUCUGACAUAAUUAGAGAUGGCCGGGCGAAUGCACAGUCUGCCCCGAUUCCCACGUUUACACAGGGAAACAAGAACAAGGCUCUCUCUGAACUUGUCGCUAGUGUUCCGGUAGCAAGCCAAGAUGAGGCAAAGCCGGAUAAACGGGCCGUGCUGGAUGCCACGAAAAAGUUCUAUCCGUUAAUCAGAAACGACAAAAAAGGAGGUUGGAAGCACCGUGAUUUGAAAACCAGUCUCUACCAUCAUCAAAUAUUGGGAGCAGCGUUCAUGCGUGAGCGGGAGAGCUCAGCAGGGAGGCCUCAUGGCGGUAUGCUUUGCGAUGUCAUGGGACUCGGGAAGACAAUUCAAACGCUAGCAAACAUUGUCCAUGGAGAAUCAGUCGAGCUAGAUGACGGGGCCAAAACAACUCUGAUUGUGGUUCCUAGAAGCGUUAUGGACCACUGGAAAGGCCAGAUCAUAAAGCAUGUCGAACCGGGUGUGCUGAACGUUUUAUACUACUAUCCUGGGCAUCGGCCCGACUCUAGUGAUGUCAUAUCUACCAUCCUGAGUUACAACGUAGUAAUUACGACCUACGAAGAAAUUCGCCGCUCAUACCCAAAAUCCCCCAUCUCUGCCGAGGGGAAUGAAACCCAGCCAUUGACUGAGCAGGAGUACAAAGAUAGCGCUGGACCUCUGCAUCAGAUUCGAUUCCGCCGCAUCAUAAUUGACGAAGGGCAUCUAAUUCGCAACCCCGAAUCACAGAGCUCGGUCUCCGUUCGUGCUCUUCAUGCACAUUUCAAAUGGGUAUUGACUGGAACACCAGUACUGAACCACAACGGCGAAUUCUGGGCCUACUUUAACUUCUUGGAUGUUCCUCAUAUUGGACGAUACGCAAAUUUUAUUUCUAACUACUGCAAUGGUAAAGAGGUCUCAACAAAACGUCUAGUCAAUGUUCUACGUGCAGUGAUCUUCCGGCGUACACAUGCUUCACGGCUUUUCUCAUAUCCAAUUAUCGUUCUACCGGAGCUCGGAGAAAGAACUGUGUCUAUAAAGGCUCUGGCAGUGGAAAAGAUGAUAUACGAAAUGAUACAAGAAAUGUACAUCAACAACAUCAACUCCAUGGUGCCAAACGGCAAUCAACAGCAGCAAUUCAGGUGCUUCUUGGUCAUGCUUCUUAAGCUGCGCAUGUGCAACAGCCACCCGCUGAUUGUCCAGGACAUUCUUAAAGUCCUGUUGGAUGACGAUGAGAAUGUCACGAAGCUUAUCAGUCUUGUACCCGAGAAUGCUGACCUAACUGAUCCAAACCGCAAAAUCGUUGAGUUACUUCAAGGACUACUGGACACAGGCGAAAUCCCAAAUUCUGGCCAGAGAUCCCCUAUUGGAACUUUUAACACUGAGUUUCGGGAAUUCCUUCAGAGACUUCAAAACACGGAUAACGAAGAGGAGUUCCAUGCGAGAAUGAAAUGCGUAUCCUGUAAUGAUGCUCUUACUCAUCCGGAGAUCACCCCAUGCAUGCAUCUUAUUUGCAACGAAUGCCUUGUAACUUAUAGGGAAGAAAUUCAAGCUGAAGGUGGUUCUUCAGUGAUGUGCCCAGGGAAUUGCAAUGUCGAAAUACGCAAUGGGGAGCCACUCAAGUUGGAUCUCAGAAUGCUUACUUACAUGCACGGUUUUACGACAAUAUCUGGAGCAAAAAAAAAAAGGGCCGGUAAACGUGGAGGAUGGGGGUCCCUCCUAAACCCAGGUAGCAGCAUGGAUGAGAUCAACCCUAAGGAUAUUGACUGGGUAAAAGUUGCAGGGAUGAAGAUGCCCAGCUCCAAAGUCACAGCAACACGAGACACGAUUCAGAAAUGGUUGAAAGAUGACUCCAAAAACAAAAUUGUCAUAUUCACGCAGUUUUGCGACAUGGCCUUCAUCUUUGGGGAGAUGUGCAAGCAGGAGAAUUGGGACUUUGUCAAGUUGACUGGCGACAUGAGUUUUCCUAGUCGCCAGGGUAGUAUCUCUAAAUUCGAAAAAAGUGCGGAGAUCAAGGUCAUGAUUGCUUCGCUAAAAGCAGGCGGCAUCGGUAUUGACUUGACCAUGGCAAACAAGUGCAUUCUAGUCGAACCAUGGUGGAACGAUGCUGUUCAGCAGCAGGCAUUCUGUCGCUUGUUUCGCAUAGGACAAGAACGCAACGUCGAGAUCGUCAAAAUAACCGUCGAGGAUACUAUUGACGUCUACAUGAUGCAGCUCCAAGAGAAAAAAAACAAGAAUAUCGAGGAGGCUAUCGGCGAUCGGGCCCUGACUGGCCGCGACACAACACUCGAACUAAUGGCGAUGUUUGGCGAAGUCGAGGAGCACGAUGGAGGUGGGAUUGUCAUCCAUCGUCGCAGUGAGCGCCGUAAGAUGGAUGACAUCGACUCCCUGGGAGGCCUGCGCGGCCUGUACCAGGAUCUUUCGGCCAUCCCCGACUCGCCCAUGGUCAACGUCGAACGCCUCUGCCUUGAAUUGGAGACACACAUUGAGGAUUUCCGGAAGCUCCUCACCAAGCCUUCGAAGAAUGACACAAGUCGCAAAUCAGUACUCUCUGGGAAAUUGACGAUAGGAGACGUUGAAUACGCGAUCAACUCCGACUUUCAACAGGGCGCUCUGCAGCUCGCCGAUGCCCUGAAUAUCGAUGAACUCGAAGCCGCAUCGCUUUUCAUGGCAGCUCAAGAAGCCGCGCAGCAGCUGGAUAGGACACCGCUCAUCGCUGCCAUAAUGCAAUUCCACGAGCAUAGACACUUUCUGCUCGAAUGCUUGCGUCUUAUCUUCCAAGAAUCCUUCAACGUGGAGAGGGAAGACCUCCAAGGAACAAUGCAGACUACAAUCGGCCUUAUCCUUCAGACGAGUAAAGGUCUCAACCACGCGUUCGACUUCACUAAAAAAUGCUUGAGCGCCAUGGAGGAAAUAGAAAGGUGGUUGAGCCUCAUCGGGGAUCAGGUACAGAAAGUGUCCGUUGUUGGCCAGGCUGAUGAUGCAGACAUCAUGGAAGCUAUCGAAUACCAACGUUCUAGUCUAAGCCAACAACACGAGUCUCUGGGUGUGAUCGUUUGUUAUCUUUUCAAGGGAACCUAUCCAUCAUCCGAAGACUUUCGACAACUAUUAAACCGUGUUCGAAAACUGGAACGAUUCGACAUGCUCCUCGUGCAUUAUGUGCCAGCACUUAUCGCCGCGAUUGUUCAAUACGGGUCUCCUAGUGGGAUUGGCACCCAGCGAGAGGCUCGAAGCCUCCAUACAACCAUAACAUCGUCGCAGAAUAAUAAUGUUUGGAAUAUAGCGCCAUUUCACGCGGCUGUAACAGCCUGGUGGCUAUCGGUCUACAGCGGAUGGUACUAUGAUUCUGGGCCAGCUUCCCCCUUGCAAGGAGUCGAUCUAGAAAAGGAAGCAGAAGAGCGAACAAAGCUCUUCAAGAUUUCUUUGGAUGAUGGAGCCCUUGAGUUUAUGCUUGCGAUAUGUGCCAGUGUCAACAAAGACGAAUGGAGCCACCCUGCAAGGAACGAGUUGGUAAAUCUUUUACUGAAAGAAAGUCCAGCGUCUGUGCUAGAACCCGACUCAGUUGCGGGUUUUCUCAAAACUCUCAUUAUGGAGCACUUUGAUACGUUUACGGAAUCAUGUAUUGCCAACAUGCCAAAUGCCGUUCGGAUGCUGAAAUCAGACGAAGAUACCCAACGACUGAACCAAAUCACUGCACUUAGGGAUGGGCUUAAUUCAAGUUUGCAUCGUGGUCUACUGGAGGCACGCACGUACUUGGAAAGCUUCCUGGUCUUGAUGGCCUUUGCUUUCGAAGGUCGACAUGAACACGCGCAGGAGUUUUGGGCUGAUACCGACGGAAAUUUGUACGGUUUUCUGCAGUGGGCGUCGAAACGCCAAACUGUGCCACGAGUCAGUGCCUUCUGUGAAAUGCUGUGCUCCAUAUCAGAAGGGGAGGAUAAUGCCACAUCGGCGCAUAGGUUUCUUUUGGAAGAAGACAAGCAACUAUCCGUCAAAUUCAGGCGCUCGCCAUCAAUGAAUUGGAACCAGAUGUUUGCAGAGCUUCAACUUUACGCAACGAAGGUCACUGAGAAGCCAUCCACAUCGCGCACUGUACUGCAUACUCGGAAAUCGGAGCCUGUAGAUAUGAAUGAACCGGAAAGCCCCGUGAUGCUGACGUGCUACCUUCGAUUGAUGGGUCAUUUGUCGAAGCAAAGCAAUGUUAUCAGAAAUUGGAUGUUGCAACACUCUACUUUCAACGUUGUUAACACCCUCUUAACCCUCUGCAGUGGCUCUAUUCCUACACACCUCAGAGCAAGUGCAUUUAGCACUCUUAAGUGCCUGAUGACAGAUCGAACUUCGAAUCAUGGGAAUGAAAUGUGGUUGGCGAUUGAUCAAUGGAUAUCUGGUGCUUCUGUGAAUGCGACUGGCCUUGCCAAGGCACCGGUACUCUCAAACCAGCCUGCUUGGCAUGAACGCCAUGCGUUUCAAAAAAUUGGCGAGGGCUUCGACCAAACAAACUCUUUCAUCGAGUUAGUCCAUAGAUUGGCUACGCCCACAUCUGAUCUGCCUGAUAAACAGCUUGUUCUGCCGUUCCCGGAAGCUCUUGGCGCGUCCUAUCGAAUGCCCGGCAUUGAACCCUACAUCGACUUCAUUCUCGGCCACGCGUUCUCCAGAAAAGUUCCCGAUGUCACAGAAGCGCAGGGGCGACUGCUAACCUUGAAUUGCCUGGACUUCGUUGCAACCUGCUUGGCCACAUUCAAUGAGAACUUGGUGGUCUUGGCCCAUCAAUCUACCAGCAAUUCAGAUGCAAGCAUCAACUCAUCAGAUCUGAAUACUUAUAUACGCCUCCACCCAUUCGCACGGGUCUUUGAGUGGCUAUUCAACGAGGACGCUCUUAAGACUCUCUUUGUGGCAGCCAAACAAGAUGUAUCCGAGGUUGCGAGAGCAUCAUCAGAGUCUGUGCUUUUACAGUCUCUAGUUCGAAGUGUUGAAGUGAUGAACUUGAUCUUGGAUCUUCAAUCAACUUAUCUAAAUAUCGUCCGUCCAUCACUCAGGAACUCUCCCGCCAUGACCAAGACGAAUGUGGCCAACUCAGCUCUUGCCUCCUUUGAGGACAGUAUCCUGAACAACCUUAAUUUGGUAUUGGAUUUAUGUCUUUAUUGCGGAACUGGGCACCAACAAUUGACAGUUGUUUCUUUGGCCUUACUGGAAAAACUCUCUAGUUCUAGGAAGCUGAAUAAGUCAACUGCCACUACUUUAUUGACUUGGCAAUCGCCAAACAGAAUCGUGGAAGUUCUCAGCGCAGAGUUCGACGCUGAUAGCAUAUCACGUCCACUGGUAAACCAGACCCAAUUCGACCCAAGAGAACUGGAAUAUGGUGCUUCUUCAUCGGGAUACCUCAUCCGAGAAGGGCUUUUGGGCUUACUCAAUAGCUGUCUGGAAACGAUUACAGAUAGACCAAAUAUUGCACACUUGCUCCUCGGUUUUUCGUGUGUGGGCAAUUCACUCGACGUACAAGCCGACGGCCUGUUGGCCAACGGCAUGUCUCUACUCCAUGCCAUCAUCAAUUUCACGCAGACAUAUCCUACCGAGAUUGACGAAAGUAUUAUGUCUUGGACAGUUCAUUCGAAACGGGUAGCCUUUGAGGUCUUGAGACAUCUGUGGUCAUCGAAGCUUUCAUCUGCUUUCGUCCUUUCUGAGCUUCGCAUGAGCCGCUUUCUGAUGACAUCUCUCAUCAGCCAACCUAUCGUCAAUGGCAAUACCUUGUGGAGCAAUUUUCCACCAGCGGCACCGGAAUUCUGGCUCACGGACUCGGCGACAGCAUUGUCUGAAUUUUUAGCCUACCGAAGCCAUUUAUACGACUACGCCGUAACCGAAAUUAGAGCCGCAUCAAAACUUGGAUCGCAAACAUUACAGCUUGAUAUCUUGUCAACUCUCCUGGGAAUGUCUUUGGUUGAAGAUGGGGAAACUAUUCCGCAUGCCACGGUCUUUGACCUCUUUGAUUUUGCAGACCUAGAGAUAACCCACGGGGUGGCACCUCCAGCGCUACAUUACCUCCAAGGGGUUGAUUUCGAGCUUUGUGCAAAGCCUCAAGCUGACGCGUCGGUUGUCUUGUAUGACCUUGAUGCAACUCAGGAGCUAAUUCAAACGAGGCGGAAAGAUUUUGUGGGAAACAACCAAGUUCGGCCGCAAGAAGAAGAGCAAAUUCAAUUAGAAGCAGAUUUAGUGAUAGGCUUCUUGCGCAUGACCAACAUGGAGAGACAGAUCCGGUUCAAUCGAUACCUCGCAGUCCGAUCAUGGGCUGAGCUUGUCACGACGAUAAUCGUCUCAUGUGAGAUGGAGGCCGGGCGGCGAACGACGUUUAUCCUUCAAGCGAUCAAUCUCAUCUUGCCUAAACUCGAAAUGACCGUGACUGAUAAUGCAUCGGAAAGUAUUGAAUUGGCUCGACUGGCGGAGGCCUUGGUUAGUAAACUUGAUGCAUCAUCCUCGGCCAGUCGCCCAAGUCGCGGAGGAGAUGUGAUCGAUGAGAAACUUUAUCAGCUCUUCCAAGUGAGCUUACGGGGUAUCUUGUUAGCUGUUGGCAAUGUGUCUCUUCGUGAAUCGUUUUACAACAUUUGUGCUCACUACCUUGCACGAAUUACCCUAUCUCAGUCUACCCACCACAACCUCAGACACCAAACCCAGCAGGCUGUUAGAACCUCUGGUGUCUCCUUGGUGGAAGCGAUCUGUGAUGAUGGCUACGCCGGCCAAGAAAGCUGUAGAGUCUCCGCCCUUCUACUUCUCAACUUGCUUGCGGAGUUGGAUGCACAAGAAAAAUCAUUCUUGCUAGCGGAUGCUAUAUCGCAGUCUAAUUAUCUCAAUAUGUUCUUAGAUUCUAUCAAGACCUUGCCUUCGGAGUUCCGGGAAACGCAAGCUCAAGAUGUUCCCCUGCUACUCUCUUAUUAUCGCGCACUUUUGUCACUGCUCCAAAAGCUCUGUCAGACCAAGCCUGGGGCGACUCAGGUACUCAAUGCCGGGCUGUUUUCAGCUAUUCGAGAGUCUCGCUUGUUUGCUGCCGAUCCUGAUAUCGGAAUAGACAUGGACAAUCCCAACGCGUUGCGAAAUUACUACGAACUGCUCGUUGGACUACUGCGAGUGAUUGUUUUGGCUGUGUUUUCUCGUGGACUUCACAACGAACAGAUGAUGGAUCAAACCCGAGCGUUCCUCGCUGAGAACCGGCCUAGCAUGGUUGGUGUGUUCAAACGCUAUGCAAAAAUUGGCGGAGAAUCAGCGUCCAACCACCUCGAAGCGGUGCACGACUUGGUCAAAGCAUAUGUUGCACUUGUCAGUGCCACUGGAUUCGUCGAGUUCGAGGAUGCCGAGUUCCGACGGAGCAGCGGCCCGAAAAUGCAUCAACAUCCAAGAACGACCGAUCAGCGAGGCGGCAAGCGAAGGACCGUCGAAAAGCGAAAGCUCCCUGACCAAGGACGCAACGAGCAGCAACACCAGCCACAACAACAGAGAAAGAUUUCCGACCUUUUAUCCAGCAGCCCUCCCCAUCACAGGGACCAUCAGUUUCCCUCAUCGCCGAAACGUUUUCGAGCAUCGUCUCCAUCCGCGAACAAGAACACAGACGAACCUAUUUCACCAACAAAGAUGUAUAGCUUCUCGAACUCGGAGUCGAAAGCCGGCAGCGGGCUAGCAAGGAAUGUCCCGGGCCCUGCGACUGCGCAAAGACCAACCAACUUCACGCCACAUACGGGUGCGAAGAGACUUGUCGUUAAGAAUCUUCGUUCGGGCCCCCGACUAAACCAGGAUACAUAUUUUAAUAAGAUUUGGGACCAGUUGAGUGUGGCAUUGGACGCUGUGUUUGAAGGUGGAAAACCUGCUGCAUCUCUCGAAGAACUAUAUAAAGGCGCAGAAAAUGUCUGUCGUCAAGGGCGAGCUGAAAUGCUAGCUAAAAAACUACAAGAGAGAUGCAAAACAUACGUGUGCAAUGAACUACGUCAGAGUCUUGUGGCCAAGGCACAGUCGAGCUCGGAAAUAAACACCUUGCGGGCCGUUGUCAAUGCGUGGGGGGCAUGGAACUCUAAGCUGGUCACAAUCAGGUGGAUAUUUUACUAUUUAGACCAGUCGUUUCUCUUGCAUUCCAAGGAACUUCCCGUCAUCCAUGAAAUGGGGUUGCUUCAAUUCCAAACGUUUAUCUUUCUCGAUGCUGAACUGAAAGAGAAAGCACUUCAGGGAGCCUGCAAGCUCGUCGAGGCUGAACGCAAGGAAAUAUUUAAUGACCAAGCAGACUCUGACCUGCUCCGAAAGUCAAUUGCAUUGUUCCAUGAUCUCGGAGUAUAUGCACUCCAUUUUGAGCCUCUCUUUCUCCAGGAAUCCGAAUCUUUUCUCGUAUCAUGGUCCGAAAAGGAAGCCGACAGCGAGUAUUUUGCGACAUAUGCCGAAAACAGUCACCGCAUCAUAGAGCAGGAGCUGACUCGGUGUGAUCUAUAUGCACUGACUCAGAAUACCAAGCACAACCUAACCGUUCUCUUGGAUGAUCAUUUGAUACGGGAUAAACAAGACGUGCUUUUGUCGGAGAAAGACCUACUAGGAUUGAUGGCGACGGAGAAUAAACAUGCCCUGGAACGGGUAUAUUCCCUUUUGGAACGUCUCAAACUUGGUUCCCAGUUGAAAACGCCAUUCGGAAAGUAUAUUGAAGAACAUGGAUUGACGAUUGUUUUUGAUGCCGAGAGGGAGGCCGAAAUGGUGUCUCGCUUACUUGACUUUAAAGCGCAACUUGACAAGACCUGGGCCGAGUCUUUCCAUAAGAAUGAGGCUCUGGGUCAUAUUCUUCGAGAAGCCUUUGAAAGCUUCAUGAAUAAGAGCAAGAAGACAGAGGCUAGCUGGGGAACGGACAACUCAAAGACAGGUGAAAUGAUCGCCAAAUAUGUGGACGUGCUUCUCAAGGGCGGUCUCAGGGUUAUUGGACGGAAAGCAGAUGAUGCUGCUGUAGGCGAUGAAGAUGACGAGAUAAAUAAACAGCUAGACAAGGUCUUGGAUCUGUUUCGGUUCGUCCAUGGAAAAGCAGUAUUCGAGGCUUUUUACAAGAACGAUCUGGCUCGACGAUUGCUCAUGGGUCGAAGCGCCAGUGAUGAUGCCGAGAAGAGCAUGCUGGCUCGACUAAAAACAGAAUGCGGUUCUAGCUUUACUCAUAACCUAGAAGCUAUGUUUAGAGACAUUGCUUUGGCCCGUGAUGAAAUGGCGUCGUAUAGUGCCUAUCAAACACAGCGUCGCGACCGACUCGGCCUGGACCUCAAUGUUAAUGUGCUGUCUUCGGCAUCCUGGCCAACUUAUGCGGAUGUCCCGGUGCGCAUUCCUCCGGAUAUAGCCCAGGCGACGGCAGAUUUUGAGCAGUACUAUCAUACCAAACACAAGGGCCGAAAAUUGCACUGGAAGCAUCAACUGGCACACUGUCAGCUCCGGUCACGAUUCGCCAAGGGAAAUAAGGAGAUUGUUGUGAGCUCUUUCCAAGCCAUUGUGCUUUUGCUGUUCAACGACGUGGCGGACGGAGAGACACUCAGCUAUGGACAGGUUAAGGAGGCUACUGGGCUUUCUGAUCGCGAAUUAAAGAGAACUUUGCAAUCUCUAGCUUGCGCCAAAUAUCAAGUACUUCGGAAAAAGCCCAGAGGCAAAGAUAUCAACGAUUCAGACGUCUUCUCGUUCAAUACGGGCUUCCAGGAUCCCAAGAUGCGGAUCAAGAUCAACCAGAUCCAGCUUAAGGAGACCAAGGAAGAAAACAAAACAACGCACGAACGGGUCGCGGCCGAUCGGCAUUAUGAAACACAGGCUGCAAUUGUUCGCAUCAUGAAGAGCCGCAAGGUCAUCACUCAUGCAGAGCUGGUGGCAGAGGUGAUCAAGGCGACGCGCAGCCGUGGCGUGUUGGAGCCGGCGGAGAUUAAGAAGAACAUUGAGAAAUUGAUUGAGAAGGAUUAUAUGGAGCGAGAGGAGGGAAACAAAUACAGUUAUCUAGCGUGA